ACCCAUGGGAUUGGGUGGGAGGGGGGAUCCAUGGGAUUGGGAUCCAUGGGAAUCUCCAGUUCCCCUUGGGAAUUUCCCAGCGUGCAUGGCCGGCUCUGUGCUCCUGGUUGUGCUUCCUCCGUGUCGUCCCCGUGUCCCGUCCUCGUGUCCCGUCCCGUGUCCCAGCUCCCGGAGCCGUUCCCGGUUGAUUUUUCCUUGUCCUUUUCUGCCAAGAGCUGAAUUCCCGAGGCCCCAUCCCGGGGGAGCAGCGCCGGAUCCCGACGCUCCGGGAAUGCCGGGGGCCGCGUUCCCGGAUGCCGUUCCCAGGGAUUCGCUCUGCUCCCGGGUGGGGUGAGGGCGUGGGAUGCUCAGAACGCCCAGCCUGCUCCGGAUCUUUCCGGGAACACCCGGAGCGGGGUCGUUCCAGAGGCUCUUUUCAGCUGUGGGGGGCUCAUCCCAUUGGAUCCAGCCGUGGAUUCAAUCCUGGCGCUGGUGUCACGGAAAUUUGGGAUAUCUCGGGGACACCAGGGGGUCUCUGUCCCCUGUGUUGGCACUGGGGGCACUUGGAUCAUCCUGUGGAUCAUUCCAGGCUUAUCCCUGGGCGCAUCCCAGGGUUCCUCCCAGGGCUUAUCCCAGGGCUAAUCCCAAGGUUCAUCCCAAACUUCAUCCCAAGGUUCAUCCCUGGGCUCAUCCCAAGGUUUCCUCCCAGGGCUCAUCCUGAGGUUCUUCCCAUGAUUCAUCCCAAGGUUCAUCCCUGGGCUAAUCCCAAAAUUCCUCUCUGGGCUCACCCCGAGGUUCUUCCCAAGGUUCUUCCCAAGGUUCAUCCCAAGGUUCCUCCCUGGGCUCAUCCCAAUGUUCCUCCCAAGGUUGUUCUCAAGGUCCAUCCCAAGGUUCAUCCCAAGGUUCUUCCCAAGAUCCAUCCCAAGGUUCACCCCAAGGUUCUUCCCAAGAUCCAUCCCAAGGUCCAUCCCAACGUUCCACCCAAGGUUCAUCCCAAAGUUCCUCCCAGGGCUAAUCCAGAGGUUCAUCCCAAGGUUGUUCUCAAGGUCCAUCCCAAGGUUCAUCCCAAGAUUCUUCCCAAGAUCCAUCCCAAGGUCCAUCCCAAGGUUCAUCCCAACGUUCCUCUCAAGGUUCAUCCCAAAGUUCCUCCCAGGGCUCAUCCCAGGGCCCAUCCCACAGCUGUCAGGUUCAGGACAGCAGGAAUUCUGUGUCCUGCUCCCACCCCUGAUCCCGGAUCCUUCGGGAUGGCCGUGUCCCAUCCACUGGAGUGACCAGGAUCAGGAAAACUUUCGACAGUGUUUGAUCCUUGCCUGGAAUCCCUAUCCAGUUCCCAGUAUCCCUGCCCAGUUCCCAUUAUCCAUGUCUAGUUCCCAUUAUCCAUGUCCAGUUCCCAGUACCCCUGUCCAGUUCCCAGUAUCCCUGUCCAGCUCCCAGUAUCCCUGUCCAGUUCCCAGUACCCCUGUCCAGUUCCCAGUAUCCCUGUCCAGCUCCCAGUAUCCCUGUCCAGUUCCCAGUACCCCUGUCCAGUUCCCAGUAUCCCUGUUCAGUUUCCAGUAUCCAUGUCCAGCUCCUAGUAUCCCUGCCCAGUUCCCAGUAUCCCUGUCCAGUUCCCAUUAUCCGUGUCCAGUUCCCAGUAUCCCUGUCCAGUUCCCAUUAUCCAUGCCCAGUUCCUAGUACCCCUGCCUAGUUCUCAGUAUCCAUGUCCCCUUCCCAAAAUCCCUGUCCAGUUCCCAGUAUCCCUGUCUAGUUCCCAUUAUCCGUGUCCAGUUCCCAGUAUCCCUGUCCAGCUCCCAGUAUCCCUGUCCAGCUCCCAGUAUCCCUGUCAGUUCUCAGGAAAAGCCAGGGGCAGGGUUAGGAUGAGGAUUGGGAUUGGGAUUGGGAUCAGAGUUCGAGUUGGGAUCAGGGUCUAGAUCAAGGUUAGGAUUAGGAUUGGAACCAGGAUCCAGAUCAGGGUUAGGAUCAGGCUCAGGAUCACCUCUGAAUUAGGGUCAGGAUUAGGGUCAAGGUUAAUUUUGAGCCAAGGUUGGGGUCAAGUUUAGGUUCAGGGUUAAAAUCAGGAUUAGGAUCAGGAUCAGGGUUAGGAUUGGGGUCAGGAUCAGGGUUAGGGUUAUGGUUGGGAUCAGGGUCAGGAUUAGGCUUGGGAUCGGGGUUAGGAUCAGGUUUAGGAUUGUGUUUGGGCUCAGCAUUGGUGGAAGGUCCAUAGAAAGGAAGGAAAAUCCAUAGGAUCCAUUGGAAGGAAGAUCUCAGGGGAAGUUCCUUGGGAAGGUUGGAAAAAAUUCCAUUGGAAGGUCGGAAAAAAUCCACAGGAAGGUCAGAGAAGAUCUGUAGGGGGUUCAGAGGAAGAUCCUUGAGAAAGUCAGGAGAAUAUCCAUAGGAAGGUUGGAAAAUGAAAGAUCCAUGGGAAGACUGGAAAAACAUCCAUAGGAAGCUUGGAAAGAUCCUUAGGAAGGCUGGGAAAAGAUCCACAGGAAGGAUGGAAAAAUGUCUGUAGGAAGGUUGGAAGAUCUGGAGGAAGUUCCAUAGGAAGGUUGGGAAAAGGUCCAUAGGAAGGUCGGGAAGAUCCACAGGAAUUUUUGAAGAAGUUCCAAACCUUGGAGGUUGGAGGAAGCCCUUUUGGAAGCCGUGAUGGGAAUUCCUGGAGACAAUUCCAAGGAUUUGAGAGUCUACACGAAAACCAGAACAGCAGCAUGGAAACCUCGCCAAGGGACAGGGAAUGAUGCAAAUGAUCCCAGGAAUGAUCCCAGCGAUCCCAGGAAUGAUCCCAUGAUCCCAGGAACAAUCCCAGUGAUCCCAGGAAUGAUCCAAAUAAUCCCAGGAACGAUCCCAGCAAUCCCAGAAACAAUCCCAGUGAUCCCAGGAAUGAUCCCAGCAAUCCCAGGAAUGAUCCAAAUAAUCCCAGGAACGAUCCAAAUAAUCCAAGAAGCAGUCCCAGUGAUGCCAGGAACGAU